GACUGUGUUCAUUGUGGCAGAUCUGCUCAUCUCACCUGUGAUCAUAAAGCCACCAGUGAAUCCAUUGUUGAGGCUACUUUGAGCCACUGGUCAGAGUGGAUCUGGUGUGACAUCUUUUGGGAGAUCAUCAGGUGGAUAACCUCAACACCCAGAACCAAUCAGCUACUAUAUUUUGAUGGAGACUAGGCUGUUUGUUGCAAGGGACUAGGUGGAUGUACGUGAAUGCUUGGCGAGACACAGACACACGGAGCAAGACAUGUAGCGAGUUCAAUCUUACCUCAGAAAAAUCUUCAAGCGCCAGAAUAGUUGCAAGAAGGUGCCACUUGGAGGCGUCCGUCGCAUAUUUUUAAUCACACACAAUCACACAGAAAGUGUGCUUGGGGGGAAGAGAGAAAAUGUUUUGUACUGUUUAUCCUGACGUCAGUUAUUACGGCUUGAACUACUGCCGUUGUCUCGCACCCACGUUUCAGCAAGAAUUCGGGAAUCGAUAGGCUGGAGUCCACAACUUGCAGAUCGGUCCUCGAGGAGUCACUGAAAUGAUUUCUGCAGCUAUUCCAAACUGGACUAAAACAGCACAAUGAACACCUGCGCUUUUCUGCUGCUCCUGGCCGUUCAAAUCUACGCCGAAGGCAUAGAGGGACCAACAGCAGCAGGCUGCACCUUUGAUGAGGAUUCUGAGCCCAGUCUGUGUGACUUCACCCAAGGCGAGGAGGAUGACUUUGACUGGCAGCUCUACCGGACACACAACUCGCCCUACGCCUCUUCUGACCUCCUGCGUGGUUCCUAUAUGCUGGUGAACUCUUCCCAGCAUGCUGCAGGGCAUCGUGCCCAGCUCCUGCUGCAGACGCUGAGUGAAAACGACACACACUGCGUCCAGUUCAGCUACUUCCUGUACAGCCGCGAUGGCCACAGUCCAGGGGCACUGCGGGCGUACGUUCGGGUCAACGGCGGCCCGCUGGGUAGCCCAGUAUGGAACACGUCUGGGUCCCACGGACGACAGUGGCACCAAGUGGAGCUGGCUGUCAGCACCUUCUGGCCCAAUGAAUACCAGGUCCGGAUCGAAGCAACUGUUUCCAGGGAGCGGCGAGGCUACAUCGCCAUGGAUGACAUCAUGCUCCUGACCUAUCCCUGUUAUAAGGCGCCCCACUUCUCCCGGCUGGGAGAUGAGGAAGUCAAUGCUGGGCAGAAUGCCACCUUCCAGUGUGUGGCAUCGGGCCGGGCAUCGGAAGCUGAGAAGUUCCUACUGGAGAGGCACAGUGGGGACGUGAUAGCUACAGCCUUGGUCAAGCACCUGAGUCACCGGCGCUUUGUGGCAUCAUUCCAGGUGGACAGUGUGCAGCGUAACGACCAGGACUUGUACCGAUGUGUCACCCAGUCCUCCAGGGGCUCUGGGGUCUCCAACUUCGCUGAGCUCAUUGUCAAAGUUCCACCCUCCCCUAUUGCGCCCCCACAGCUGCUACGAGCGGGCUCCACAUAUCUGAUCAUCCAGCUCAACACGAACUCCAUCCUGGGAGAUGGCCCUAUCAUCAGGAAGGAGAUUGAGUACCGGGCCAGCCAAUCACCUUGGUCCGAGGUCCAUGGGGUCAACAUGGUCACCUACAAGCUGUGGCAUCUGGACCCAGACACGGAGUAUCACAUAAGUGUGUUGCUGACCCGGCCCGGAGAGGGCGGCACCGGACCACCCGGACCACCCCUCAUCAGCAGGACUAAGUGUGCAGAACCAACACGGGCCUUGCGAGGUCUCACAGCCUCAGAGAUCCAGUCCAGGCAGCUGACCCUGCAGUGGGAGACGCUGGCCUACAACUUGACCCGCUGCCACACCUACUCUGUGUCCCUGUGCUACCGCUAUGCCACCGCAGGGGGCGGCGGCGGUCACAACACUACUGUACGCGAGUGCCUGGCGGUGGAGCACAAUGCCUCACGCUUCACCCUGCGCGACCUGCCGGCCUACCAUUCCAUCCGGGUCCGUCUGGCGCUUGCCAACCCUGAGGGCAAGAAGGAGGGUCGGGAGGUCACCUUUCAGACUGAAGAGGACAUACCCGGUGGCAUCGCCCCUGAAUCGCUGACCUUCACCCCCCUGGAGGACAUGAUUUUCCUCAAGUGGGAGGAGCCAGUGGAACCCAAUGGUCUCAUCAUCCAAUACGAGAUCAGCUAUCAGAGCAUUGAGUCGUCUGACCCGGGCAUCAACGUGCCAGGACCUAGGAGAACAGUGUCGAAGUUGAGGAACGAAACCUAUCACAUGUUCUCCAACCUUCACCCUGGCACCACAUAUCUGAUUUCUGUCCGCGCCCGCACAACCAAGGGCUUCGGGCAGACCGCCCUAACUGAGAUCACCACCAACAUUUCAGCUCCUAUGUUUGACUAUGGAGACAUGCCGUCCCCUCUCAGUGAAACAGAGCGCACGAUCACUGUGUUGCUUCGCCCCGCCCUGGGCAGGGGAGCACCCGUCAGUACGUACCAGGUUGUGGUAGAGGAGGAGAGUGGCAGGAAGGUGAAGAGGGAACUGGGGGUUCAGGACUGUUACCCUCUGCCCAUGUCCCAUGGGGAGGCCCAAGCCAGAGGGACCCCUCACUACUACACGGCCGAGCUGCCUCCCAGCAGCCUGCUUGAAGCCAGCCCCUUCACAGUGGGGGACAACCACACCUACAAUGGCUACUGGAACACCCCGCUGGACCCCCGUAAGAGCUACCUCGUCUACUUCCAGGCCAUGAGCAACUUCAGAGGGGAAACGAGAAUAAACUGCAUCCGAAUAGCCCGGAAAGCGGCCUGUAAGGACCACCGACGGGCUCUGGAGGUGUCCCAACACUCAGAGGAGAUGGGGCUGAUCCUGGGGGUGUGUGCUGGGGGCCUGGUGGUGCUCAUCCUGCUGCUGGGGGCUAUCAUCAUCGUCAUCAGGAAGGGAAGGGACUACUACUCUUACUCUUAUUAUCCGAAGCCAGUGAACAUAAAUAAGACACCCAUAACGUACCGUCAGGAGAAGAGUCACAUGGGUUCGAUGGAGCGCAGUUUCACUGACCAGAGUACCCUGCAGGAGGAUGAGCGCAUGGCCCUCUCUGCAGCACGCAUGGCACACACCUGCAGCACGCGCAGUGAGCAGCGUAGCUCAGUGAACGAGUCCAGUAGUCUUCUGGGGGGUUCGCCGCGACACCAGUGUGGGCGUAAGGGCUCACCCUACCACACUGGUCAGCUCCACCCUGCUGUGCGCGUGGCCGACCUUCUCCAACACAUCAACCAGAUGAAAACUGCAGAGGGCUACGGCUUCAAACAGGAGUAUGAGAGCUUCUUUGAUGGCUGGGACUGCACCAAAAAGAAGGACAAAACUAAAGGGAGGCAUGACACGUUGAUGGGAUGUAAGUCAUCAUGGACAUGCCAGCCCUCUUGUGACGAAAGCACUGAUCACCACGACCGCCACAGAGUCAAGCUCCACCCACUCCUGGGAGACCCCAACUCUGACUACAUCAACGCCAACUACAUAGACAUUCGGAUUAACAGGGAAGGCUACCAUCGAUCCAACCACUUCAUAGCAACUCAGGGGCCCAAACAGGAGACAGUGUAUGACUUCUGGAGGAUGGUGUGGCAGGAGAACUGCUUCAGCAUCGUCAUGAUCACUAAACUGGUAGAGGUAGGCAGGGUGAAAUGCUGUAAAUACUGGCCUGAUGACAGUGAGAUGUAUGGAGACAUCAAGAUUACACUGCUGAAGACGGAAACACUUUCAGAGUACACCGUUCGUACUUUUGCCAUGGAGAGGAGGGGCUACUCAGCUAAACACGAGGUGCGUCAGUUCCACUUCACGUCCUGGCCGGAGCAUGGGGUUCCCUACCACGCCACAGGCCUACUGGCCUUCAUACGGCGGGUCAAAGCAUCCACUCCCCCUGAUGCCGGACCCGUGGUCGUCCACUGCAGUGUGGGGGCGGGCCGCACAGGCUGCUACAUCGUGCUGGACGUCAUGCUGGACAUGGCAGAGUGUGAGGGCGUGGUGGACAUCUACAACUGUGUCAAAACCCUGUGCUCACGACGCAUUAACAUGAUCCAGACAGAGGAGCAGUACAUAUUUAUCCAUGAUGCCAUCCUGGAGGCUUGUCUGUGUGGAGAGACGGCCAUUUUGGUGAAUGAGUUUGCCCUCACCUACAAAGACAUGCUGAGGGUGGACUCUCAGAGCAACUCCUCCCAGCUACGAGAAGAGUUCCAGACGUUGAACUCGGUCACCCCUCACCUGGACGUGGAGGAGUGCAGCAUCGCCCUGCUCCCCAGGAACCGGGAGAAGAACCGCAGCAUGGACGUGCUGCCGCCCGACCGUGCCCUGGCAUUCCUGGUCACCACUGAGGGCGAGAGCAACAACUACAUCAACGCGGCACUCACUGACAGCUUCCACCAGCCCGCCGCCUUCAUCGUCACCCCUCACCCGCUCCCCGGCACCACCGCCGACUUCUGGAGGUUGGUGUUCGACUACGGCUGCACCUCGGUGGUCAUGCUCAACCAGCUCAACCAGUCCAACUCUGCCUGGCCCUGUGUCCAGUACUGGCCAGAGCCUGGUCUACAGCAGUAUGGGCCAAUGGAGGUUGAAUUCCUGUCCACGUCAGCUGACGACGACGUCAUCACUCGUCUGUUCCGUGUCAAAAACGUGACAAGACUCCAGGAGGGCCAGCUGGUGGUGUGUCAGUUCCAGUUCCUGCGCUGGUCAGCCUACCGCGACGUGCCCGACUCCAAGAAGGCCUUCCUCAGCCUGCUGGCUCAUGUGCACAAGUGGCAGAGGGAGUGUGGAGAUGGCCGCACCGUUGUCCACUGCCUGAGCGGCGGUGGGCGCAGUGGGACAUUCUGUGCCAGCACCAUCCUGCUGGAGAUGAUCCAGUACCAGAACAUGGUGGACAUCUUCUACUCCGUCAAGACGCUCCGCAACUCCAAACCCAACAUGGUGGAGUCACUGGACCAGUACCGAUUCUGCUACGACCUUAUCCUGGAGUACUUGGACUGCAUCGAAGAUAGCAUGAGAUAGCAAUGUUCCGUAGCUGGUGCAUCUCGUGGGCUGUGACUGCUGACUGGGUUACAUACCCUGUGACCCCCUCAACAUUUACUUUAUUGUUUGGAUUAAUGGGCCUAAACUGUUGUGAAGGACAACAAUAGAAAAAUAAUUAAAAAGGGGUAAGUGCUCCUCACUUUUAACCCUUAAAUGUA